GGCCUGUUCCUGGCGUCGGAUGUGCAGCAGCUUCGCCAGGCCAUUGAGGAGUGCAAGCUGGUGCUGCCCGAGCACUCAGAGCGGCAGAAGGAUGCCGUGGUGGGGCUCAUCCACCCCUGCCUCAAGCUCCAGGAGGACCCCAGUGAGGAUGAGUCCAACAUCCGGGUGGUGCUGGAGCAUCGCUUCUACAAGGAGAAGAGCAAGAGCAUGAAGCAGAUGUGCGACAAGUGCAGCACCAUCAUCUGGGGGCUCAUCCAGACCUGGUACACCUGCACAG